AUGUGGUGUCCUAUCUCCUCGUACUCAGUCUCCCUCGAUAAUUUUUUCAAGAUGGAGGACAUAUGUGAGGAACUUGAUCGGUUAACCGUUGAAUUUUUUGACAAUCUCGAAUGUCUUCAGGAGAAAAGGGAAUACCUGAAUGCUUCAAUAAGAGAUGGAUAUCUAAACCUGUCAAAGGCCCGUUAUUCGAUGGGAAACAAAUCCGUGGGUGCUUUGCAAUACAGUGAUAAAAUGGACUGCGCGCUGUAUCAUGUAAGUUUAUUUGGAGACAUUUCUAAAGAGGAGUCCGAAAACGCUGAUGUAACGUUCGAAAUGGAGAAAGCACGGCCAAGAAGAGCAAAGGGUACUUCAAAAACUGGUUAUAAUGAAAAAGAAGAAGAGGAAAACGUAGUCAGAAGAAGGAAACCUCAAAAAUCAGGUGCUUCGAGCGAUGAAGCAACGUCGCGUAUCCAGGAAUUAUAUAUCUCUAAAGAGGAAAACUUGCCUGUAGAAGAUGCAAAUGUUAAUGGUUGUGUUCAAGAUCCCCUUAAAUGGUUUGGAAUCUUGGUUCCUGGUUGUUUAAAAACGGGUCAAAAGAAUUUUCAGAGCGCCAUUGAACUAAGCUGUGACAUUGUCAACCUUGAAAUGAAGGUGAAAGAGAUCAUAGAGAAGUUGAACGUUUUAAAAAUUCGGAAGAAAGAAUUGUUAGAAGAGAGGAACAAAUUGCAAGAAAUCGAAGACUGA